UAAAAAAAAUAUCUUCAAGAACCCUUUUUAUUUUCUUGAAAUAAGGGAAAUGGGGCUCUGAAUUAGUGGUUGCUGUUAUGAAAUUGAUGAUCUGAGAAUAUAAUUAAUCUGCAUUUUGUGAUUGAAAAAGAAAAGAAAAGAAAAAUGGGGGUGGAUUAUUACGACGUACUUAAGGUGGAGAGAAGUGCAACAGAGGAUGAUUUGAAGAAGGCUUACAGAAGAUUAGCUAUGAAAUGGCAUCCAGACAAAAAUCCCAACAACAAGAUUGAAGCCGAAGCCAAAUUUAAGCAAAUCUCCGAAGCCUACGAUAGAGAGAUUGAUAUGCCAUAUUUUUUAUUGUUUCAUUAUUGUUAGGUAUUGAGUGAUCCUCAAAAAAGGCAAAUUUACGACCAAGACGGAGAAGAAGGUCUAAAAGAUGCCCCACCGCCCCCCGGUUCGACGGGUAGCCAAAACGGGUUCAAUUCAAGAAAUGCGGAAGAUAUUUUUGCUGAAUUUUUCGGGAGUAGCCCGUUUGGAUUCGGAUCGGCUGGUAGGUCGAUGAGGUUUUCAUCGGACGGUGAUAAUAUGUUCAGAAACUCGUCGGGUGAUGGGAGUGGAUCGGUUAACAUGGCAAUGAAGAAGCCACCACCUGUCGAGAGUAAAUUGCCUUGUACACUUGAGGAGUUGUAUUCUGGUUCUACUAGAAAAAUGAAGAUCUCUAGACAAGUUCUUGAUGCUAAUGGGCGUCUAGUGACAGAAACGGAGAUAUUAACGAUAGACAUAAAGCCCGGCUGGAAAAAGGGAACAAAGAUAACGUUCCAAGACAAAGGAAUCGAGCUGUUGAACCAGCUCCCAGCGGAUCUCGUGUUUGUGAUCGACGAGAAGCCCCACGCAACCUUCAAGAGGGACGGCAACGAUUUGAUCAUGAGCCAUCGUGUGACUCUGGCGGAAGCGAUCGGUGGUACUACCGUGGACCUCACCACGCUGGAUAAUCGCAGUCUGUCGGUCCCCGUCAGCGACAUCGUGAGCCCCGGUUAUGAACUGGUGGUUUCGAGAGAAGGCAUGCCCAUUACAAAGGGGACCACCACCGGUAGAGGCGAUUUGAAAAUCCGAUUCGAAGUUAAAUUUCCCACUAAAUUGACGGGCGAGCAACGGGCCGGGCUCAAGCGGGCCCUUGGAGGAUGAAAGAUAGUAGAUUUUGUGGAUUGUGUUAGUGCUUAGUUGUAACAUCUCAAACUAUCUCUUGUAUUUCUUUUUGAAUUAAUGUAACCCUCUUAUGAUCAAAAGACAA